AUGGGACUCGUAGGUCUUAUUGGAUUUGCUAAUGCUGAAGUGUCUUUACUAACAAACUCAGAGAGACGAGGUAUUAACGAUGUCAAAGGCGAGGGCGUAGGGCCAGGCGCAGUAGCAGGAGACGAGGAAGAGAAGAGCGCCGACGACAGAGAUCGCCAGGAAGGCCCACGGGAGCAGCGGGGACAGCGAGAGGAGCAGGAAGAACAUCCGACGGCACGGCAACUCCCGGAGGAGGAAGAUGGUAUAUCCGAUCGCAGUCGCAUCCCGAAGGAACGAAUGUUCGUCUGCAUGCCCGCAUACAUCCCUAAGGAGAGCAUGUUCACCCCGCACACUGACGACAGCUCCAAACCUCUGGAAGUAACGUCGGAGGAGGUCUUCGGGAAACUCCAGGAUGAAACUACAACAACGAAACCUGAUAAAACUCCAGUCCUGAAACCUGAUAAAACUCCAGCCCUGAAACCUGAUAAAACUCCAGCCUUGAAACCUGAUAAAACUCCAGCCCUGAAACUGGAUAAAACUCCAGCCCUGAAACCUGAUAAAACUCCAGCCCUGAAACUGGAUAAAACUCCAGCCCUGAAACCUGAUAAAACUCCAGCCCUGAAACCUGACAAAACUCCAGCCCUGAAACCUGACAAAACUCCAGCCCUGAAACAGGAAUAA